GACGAUAGGACAAAAAAAAAGUGAUGAUGAUGAAUACAUUGGAAAGUUUUUUGGCCCCGGCGCGGGUGUCAGAUUGAAUGGGCCUGUGCGCAUGUGCGAAGGUGUCCUAACUGACAAUGCUGGUGAGAUGAAGAUAGUGUUGUUGCUGCUUCUGGGCUCACGGAGGACGACGAGAGGAAUCUACAAGCCGACAAGAUGAGAUCCAAGGCGAGGGCGAGAAAACUGGCCAAAAAUGACAGUGAGCCAGUGGAUAGCAUGUACGACACAGAGGUUGACCUCCCAGGUUUGGCAGCCGGCAGUGGAGGCGGCGCUGACAGCCCAGAGGACGAUGUAGAGGACGGCGUCAUCAGCAUGUCCCCCCUGCCCUCACCGACUCCUUCCCAUCCAAACAACAACCACCACCACCUGCUGCAUCCCCACAUCUACGCCGCCCACCACCACCACCACCUUCACAACAACAGCAACAGCAGCAGCAAUGACCAGGACUUCACCACACCCAAGGAGGGCUCGCCCUAUGAGGCGCCCGUCUACAUUCCUGACGACAUUCCCAUUCCCAGUGAACUGGAGCUGCGGGAGUCCUCUGUGCCUGGUGCCGGCCUGGGCGUAUGGGCCACGACCCGCAUUUGUGCUGGCGAGAGGUUUGGUCUGCACAACACGCUCCACCAUGAGGCCAUGGGCAAAGACGGCUCCUUUGGAUGGGAGCAGAUGAUGAAUGACCACGAAGACGCCUCCCCCGACAACUGCGUGAAAAAGGUGGUGGACGACAUGGGGAACGUCAAAUUUGCGCUGGACACGGGCCCGGACGCCACCGGCAACAGCUGGCUCAAGUACGUCCGCUGUGCCCUGUCGUUCGAGGAGCAGAACCUCGCCGCCUGCCACCUCACCGGAGACCAGAUUUAUUAUAAAGCUGUGCGGGACAUUGAAGCAGGGGAGGAGCUUUUAGUGUGUAUGAAGGACGGUAUUUUCCCCGAGGGAUCCAUGGCACCCAACCUACAAGACGAGCAGAUGUACCGCUGUGAAGACUGCGAUGAGCUGUUCUCCUCAACACUCGAGCUGCGGCGGCACCAGAAGUAUUCGUGCACCAGUGCAGGCUCCAUCUUUGACACGCUGAGGGAGGACUUCAAGCAGGAGCGCGAGGACAGCGACGAGCCCGUCCACGAGUGCAAAGACUGUGAGAAGAUCUUCCCAAAUGAGUACAGUCUGGGCCAACAUAUGAUAGUCCAUACAGAAGAGCGCGAAUACAAGUGUGACCAGUGCCCGAAAGCCUUUAACUGGAAGUCCAACCUCAUCCGUCACCAGAUGUCACAUGACAGUGGCAAGCGCUUUGAGUGUGAAAACUGUGAUAAGGUACAGCAUACCCGGCACGUGUUCACAGAUCCCAGCAACCUUCAGCGCCACAUCCGCUCCCAGCAUGUGGGCGCACGCGCUCACACGUGUCCUGAGUGUGGCAAGACUUUUGCCACCUCUUCAGGCCUCAAGCAGCAUAAGCACAUCCACAGCAGUGUCAAACCCUUUAUCUGCCCUGAUGGGCUGUGUCUUCUUGCUCCCCCAGGCGAGGUGUGCCACAAAUCCUACACCCAGUUCUCCAACCUCUGCCGCCACAAGCGUAUGCAUGCCGACUGCCGCACCCAGAUCAAGUGUAAGGACUGUGGGCAGUUGUUCAGCACUACCUCCUCCCUCAACAAGCAUCGUCGCUUCUGUGAGGGCAAAAAUCAUUAUGGCUCUCCUGGAGGGAUGUUCAACCCCGGCAUACCCAUGAGCUCCAGCCCCAUCAUGGCUAAGGCCAAGUCCCAUCAUCCCCACCUUGCUGGUCUAAACCAUUCAGGUUUAGGAUUCACUGACUACUUUCCCUCCCGACCUCACCCUCACGCUGGCCUGCCUUUCUCCCCAGGACCCCAUGGCUUCCCAUCCCUUCCACAUGGUUUCCCAGGUAUCUUCUCACCAUCACUGUAUCCACGACCACCUUUAUUGCCAGCUAGUUCGUUGAUAAAGAGCCCGAUGGGCAGCAGCAGUCAGGAGGUGAAGCUGCCUCGGAGUCUCCUAGAUGCGCCUCCACUGUCACUGGUUAGCUCGACAAACAGCAAUGGCGGUAACAGUCUCAGUCAGGUGGAAGAGAAAGAGCACAAACUGGAUUUGUCUUCUAUUGGAGAAGCCAAGACAAAAUCUAAGAUGGCAGACAUGUCAGACUGUAGCGAUCUUGAAGACGUUAAUACCACAAGUGGGACAGAUUUGGACACCACCACUGGUACUGCUUCAGGUGAUGGUUCUGACCUGGAGAGCGAUGGAGAAAGUGAACGCGAGCGAAGUGGUAAAAGGCGGAAGCCAUCUGGGGCCAUAUUGAGUCAAGAAGGCCACCAGUCAGAAGACACGAACAGUGCGUUGAUAACAGCCGUGUCUAGUUCGGGGAACCACCCAAUGGACCGUCCAUUUCUCUCUUCUGCAUCAUCCCAGCACUCCUUUUUCCCGCCGCCUGAUGAGCAAGCCCUCCCACCAAGCACCACAAAUGCCAAUGCAGCUACAGAUUCCAUCAAAGCCAUCGCCUCCAUUGCUGAGAAAUAUUUUGGUCCAGGUUUGAUUGGUCUUCAUCAAGAGAAGAAGAUGGGUCCGUUACCUUACCAUUCCAUGUUUCCCUUCCAGUUCCUGCCCAACUUCCACAACUCCAUCUAUCCCUUCAGUGCUGAUAGAGGUGCCCUCAAUCAUAAUAUGUUCUUUAAGGUCGAGCCUAAGUCACCUCGCGAGCAGCUUCAUAAGAUAGUUUCUGGAGCCCCAGGUGCUCCUGCUCCCACAGUAGAGUCACCAUUUGAUCUCACCACAAAACCCAAGGAGACCAAGUUAUCUCUUCCCACCCAAACGAACCCCUCACACCCCAACAGUAGCACUGGGAGCAGUAGUGGACCUUCAGCAAUAUCUUGCGGUGAAGAACAGCCGUUGGACCUCAGCAUUGGCAGCCGAAACCGAGGUGGUCAUAAUGGUGUGGCAGCCGAGCCACAAAAUCGAAAGAACCACAUGUUUGGAAUUGGAAAGGGGGUCUCCAUCAAGGAUGAAACCCCAUCUGGGUUUCCACACCUCCAGUCCCAGUCAUUGCACCAAUCCUCCAUCUCCCAGCACCAGCAGCCCCAGGCACAGCCACAUCAGCCACCACCCCUGCACUAUGCCAAGCCCUCAGCAUUCUUCAUGGACCCCAUAUACAGCAGGGUGGAGAAGAGGAAGCUACUUGACCCCGUAGGAGCCCUGAAGGAAAAGUUCCUCAGGCCCUCACCGCCACUCUUCCAUCCACAGAUGUCAGCCAUGGAGACCAUGACAGAGAAGCUGGAGAGCUUCGGUGCGCUAAAACUUGAUGCACCGCCCAAUUCACUGCAACACUCAGCUCAUCCGUUGUUCAACUUCCGCUCACCGCCACCUUCCCUCUCAGACGCCAUCCUCCGCAAGGGCAAGGAGCGCUACGCCUGCAGGUACUGUGGGAAAAUCUUCCCUCGAUCGGCAAACCUCACCAGACACUUGCGGACACACACAGGGGAACAACCCUACAGGUGUAAAUACUGUGACCGCUCAUUCAGCAUCUCAUCCAACCUUCAACGCCACGUUCGCAACAUCCACAACAAGGAGAAACCCUUCAAGUGUCACUUGUGCAACCGCUGCUUCGGUCAGCAAACCAACCUCGACCGCCAUCUCAAGAAGCACGAGCACGAGAACAUUCCUGUGAGCCAACAGUCCGGGAUGCUUUCCAACCUGGGAACCACGAUCUCCUCGCCAAACUCCGAGCCAGACAAUCAUGCACUUUUAGACGAGAAGGAGGACUCGUACUUCUCAGAAAUCCGCAACUUUAUUUCCAACAGUGAGAUGAACCAGGCCUCCAGCUCCAUGGAUAAGAGGUCAGAUCCGGCUGAGGAGGAGCGUCCACCAAGCCACAGCUUGUCCAACUCCAAGCUUGGGCUCCAGGGGCUGGAGGAAGAGGAAGAGGAAGUGGAGGGCGACGACGAGGAGGAGGAGGAAGGCAGCCUGACAGAGAAGUCUCACGACGAGGCGCCCGAGUCCCCGUCCCCCGUCACAGCAGGAGUGUAUGAAGAGGAGGAGGAAGAGGAAGAGACGGAGACGGCUCCACUGGCUAUGAGCUAUGAACACACUCGCAGGUAUUCAACUCCUUCUGACACAAACUUUUAUUCGAACUAACGGCCAAACGAAACGAGAUGUCACACUGUAGUGAGGAAGAGAGACAACAUGGGUUGGACAUGUAGAUCCCCUUCACAGAUUCCCAAUAUAACUGUUAAUUUUAGGUAAUUGCUAACGUUAGGUCAGCUUCUUUUCCUAUUCCUCUCGCCUUUUUUCUUCUCCUCCUUUAUUAACCACACCUCUCCCUUUUCUCUUCACUUUUUUCCCUUUACCUUCCUUCAUUUCCCUUGCCCUCUGCAUUGCAUUAACUCUCCAUCUAUCCCAUCUCUACAUCUAUCUUUCCAUCCACCUAUCGGCCACAUUGCCACGUGACCGCCACCCAUCAAUCCCUCGGUGCCCAGGUGUAUAGAGGAGGAGGGCUCUCUCUUGGACCUGGAGGGUCUGCCCAGCUUUCCCAAGAGCCUGGACGGGUUACGUAAAGCAGCCAGCGACGAGCAACCCUUUGACGUGAAAGACAUAUUUAACACUUCACUAGAGUCGGAGGCAUUGAAAGAGACAUUGUACAGGCAGGCUAAAACCCAGGUAUGUGACUGGAUCUUGGAGGUCAACUAAAAGGGAGGGACAGGAGAGACGUGUGCCGAGAAGGUCGUGAGGCACAAAAUGUAAAUACAGAGAUGAGGGAUUCGAUUCCGGUGCUUAAUAGGAGAAACAUUUGGUAAUCCAGUGCAUGAAACUGUCGGUGGAAAGCACCUUGUCUUGCCCGCUCCUGUCUUUCCUCUCUCUCGACCUCCAAACCUCUUCCCUGUAAACUGCUCUUAUCUUUUCUAAGAUCCUCAGUUUGACCAGUCUAAUUUAAAAACAUCUUUACAAUGCAAAGUGUCAAGAUAUAAUGAGAGGAUUGCGGGUGACUGCAACUUGGAACGUGGCAACAUGCUACAGAAAAUCUUUGAGAUGACGGCCAGAGCUGCAGAAAAUAGACCCGAGUUGUAAUAAGUCCAAAGUGUCCAGAAAUGUCUUGACAGGUCACAGGAUACGAGUGAAGAGAUGUCACCGAAAGUGAUGUUUGAAUACAUCGAGCGCUGCCGUUUUCUCUGUGCUAAAAGUCACCCCGUCUUCUCACGCAGGCUUAUGCAAUGAUGCUGUCCCUCUCGGAGAACAACCCUUUGCACGCGCCCUCCCAGAACUCUCUGGACGCUUGGCUGAGCAUGGGAGGUGGACCGUCCGAGACGAGCAGCUUUCACCCGCUCAACCACAUCUAGACGAGAGAGAGAAGAGAGAGAGAGAGAGAAGAGGUGGGAGUGGGAGGAACAUAAGUUUCGUAAAAUGGACAGAAACUAUAGUGACUGAGUGGACGUGAGUAGUGAGAGGACGUGGAGGCCCGGAGAAGUAAGUGUGUGUGUGUGUGUGUGUGUGUGUGUGUGUGUGUGUGUGUGUGUGUGUGUGUGUGUGUGUGUGUGUGUGUGUGUGUGUGUGUGUGUGUGUGUGUGUGUGUGUGUGUGUGUGUGUGUGUGUGUGUGUGUGUGUGGAAAAAGAGGGGGUUGAGAUUGUCCCUAGGUGAGGUGGUCUCACAAGACUCUGUCAAAGAGAAAGCACUGCUAAGCUCCUGUUGAUGUGAAGGACAUGAUGAAUGCUUCUCAACAGCAUUGAAACUCUGACCUCUGACCUGAUCCUCCCCAAGUCCACGAGGCUCACUCCAGCACCACAGAGACCCCGCGCAAGGCUCUCGCAAAGACACUUAACGACUAGUAUGUCUCUAAAGUCUGUGCACACGGCCUACUACAAGCACUGCAGCAUCAGCACUGCAUCAGCACUGCAUGUCCACAGGGUGGCGGCGUUUCACCGGGAGCGUAGUGGGCGCGUGCACUAUUGUCUCCGGGUUUUCCCCCACCGAUCAUGGGCGACUCAUUUACUGAUCUCGUUUCAAUUGUACGUGCAAAAAUCACCAAUGGCACCACACUAAAUGUUACUUGAGGAAAUGACAGUUCCAGCAGACUGUCUUGAUUAUUUUUUUUUGAUUUUUGAAUGAUUAAAUGGAGAAUGAUGUUCAAUGUUCAAAUGUGCACAGCAACUGGUGAUUUUAAUGAGCUAUCUGGGACACUGGCCAUUGUAAUUGGUUACCCAAUUUGAUCAUGCUGAAAAUGGAUUUAAAUCACACUCAAAAAAAAAGAAGUAAUUGAGUGAGUCUCUCUCUGCUUGUUUAUUUCAUCGUCAUUUGUUAAUUUUAUUUACUUAACUUUCCUCUUAGACACCACAGUAUUGUUUCUUUGUAGGCACCACAGUGCUAAAUUGUUAAUAUAAUUAUUUUUAGAGAAGGACCAAAAUUGUAUGAUAUUGUCAUAUGAUGUACAAAAUAACCUAGAUGUUCAUAGCAAGAGUGGUAUGUGCCAAAUAACCCAUAGAAAAUGUUUUGUUCUCUGACAAUCAUUUCACGUCCAAGGGGCUUUCAUUUGCUGUCAUAGUUGUUGUUUUUUUUUCUUAUUACGCUCUUAUAUAUUUGAUUUCAGAAGUGUGUGUAUGUAUUUAUUUCUGGUUGUUUUGUCAUGACUGGAGGAGUGAAAAUGAAGGCAAGUCAUUUAAUCCCUCUUUUCUUGUUGCUGAAGGAAUGAGCGCCUAUCAGACCAUGGGAGAGAUUCGGAAUCUCUGGGUUUGAUGCGUUAGUGUGCCAAAAUAGAAAGAACCCACAAAAUUAACUGUUUAUUUAUAGUGAAAGAUAGCUGUAGUCAAUUUUAGAUCCUAAUUGGCAUUGUAACGUCCUGCAGUGUUUGUUUUUUCUUCUUUCAGUUAAACCAUUUUAGCCCCGAAUGUGUCUUGUUCAAAUUGGUUACAGUCUCGACUGGGGCAGACUUAGACAACUUUCACUCUGGAUGUCAUGAAUGAAAGACGUUGUCACACUUUUGAAUCCGACUUGUGUUUAUCAUGUCGAGCGCCCUCUGUUUUUACAUUUGAUAGAUUAAGUGUAUCCAACAAAUAAUGUUUUGAAAAAUCACAUGUCCUAUAGUACAUGGUCCAAAAGUCACAUCUGUAUGAACAUCUGGAGAGAGAGAGUAGACUAAACCUCAGAUAUUGUAGUAUUAAAAUGAUAUUUCUGCUGGUCAGUCCCAACAACAUUUAAAACAAAUUGUUCCAUUGAGUCUAGAUGGGGAAAACAGGAACUUGAUCAUGAGUUUAACUUUGCAGUAUAUUCCCUGUACAUUCUGAGAUCAUACUAAAAAAGUCAUUCCAUGUGGUCCACAAGGUAACUGUACCAUGGAGGUCAUGGGUCAUUUACUGUAGAUAACUGUAGAUAGCUGCAGGGGGUUGAGUAUUGUUGGUCAUUGUUGCCUUGGCCCUUCCUGCAUCCUGGGACUUUGAGAACUUGGCCUGAUGCUGUAUUUGUCAAACUAGCACUUAAACCACGUGGGUCCAAGCCAUUAACUGAUCAGGCUUAUGUCUCUGGAGCUUAGAACACGGAUCAAUUUUCAGACUAGUUUCACUUUCAUUAGAAGAGCAACUUGUGCUCAACAUGGAGAAUGAGAAAAAUCUGAAACGGAAGCACUGUAAUAUUUCUUCACGACAGCAGGUGGUAGUGUGAUGCUAGGACUGCUGCAUCAUCUCAUUUUUCUAUAUGACAGGAGUCUUUCUUUUUUAAAUAAUUCUACUGAAUGAGAUGUCAUUCAUGGUAAACACAUUGUUUUCCAACUUGUGGUUAUAAAAUGUAAAGACUUGGGUCGCUAAGUUUUUAGGUUGACUAGAUGUAAUAAUUCAUGUCAUGGACUACUGUAAUAAGCACGCGCUGUGUAACGCAAAGGAAUUGAAGGCAUUGAAGUAUUCCAUUUUGCCAACUUCAGAAAGUAUUCUGGCAGAUGGUCGCUGAAAUAUAUUUCAGCAUAAUAGAACAUGGUUGCUGUUUCCCCCCCACUGUUACAGUAAAAGUAAAAAAAAAUAUACAUAUUGUUUCUUUUUGACUGUAUAGUAUUCUAAAGAAUGAAAAACAAUGGUGCAUUUGUCUGAAGAGAAAAAAAAUCAUUGAAAAAUAUGGGUUUAAAUGGAUGGUGCUUGUUUUGUUUGAAUCUGGGUUGUAUAUCGCCUCUGUUAUGUUUAUUGAAAACAAACAAAAAAAAGAUAUUGUGCAUGACGUGUUUAGCAGUCAUAAUGAUGUCCAUUUGUGAAAUGUGUAUCAAAUCAAAAAACAAGAAAAAAAAAGGAAAGAAAAAAAUAAAUCCGUAGAUGCACUUAUUGUACAUGUGGUUAGGUUAGUAGGUUUGACUUCAAGUUCUUGACUGCCUUACAGAUGUUUGGGCAGGCGGCUCUGAAAGACAUAGUAAAGACUUGUGGGAGAAGACAUAAUGAAAAACAAAUAAAGGAUUGUAGAAUAAUAUUGAACAAUUCUGAAAAUUUCAGUUCUUUUGAUGCUUGUGAUUAUUGAAGAUGUACUUUAGAGAAAUUUCAUUGAAAAGAUGACUGAUGAUAAUUCUGUAGAAUAGCAAUGUAUACCAAAUGUAAUCUUUCCAAUGCUAUGAAGAAUUUAUACAUGAAAUUGAUAUGCAAUAAAACCUGUGUGCUUUUUAAA